AUGGAAACAUUUCAUCCUUUAGAUCAGCAUUGCUUCAAUGGUAGGCCGGAUUACCGCUUUGAAAAACUUAUAGGUUCUGGGAGUUUUGGAUCAGUGUACAAAGCUUACAGCAUUCAGAACAAUCUCGCAGUCGCUAUAAAAAGAUCUGCUAAAUCUGGAAGUCUAGUUUCCCGAGAAUAUAAGAUUCUGAAAGAGACCGCUUCAUCAGAAAACUGCGUCAGGCUCCUCGAUAUAUUUUAUUCGAUAACAGAAGAUGGCAAAUACAUACAACACCUCGUAUUUGAAUAUUUGCCUGAAAAUCUCUCACGAUUUAUAAGGAAUCGUAAAAGAGCACACCACCCUUUAGAUCAUGCUGAAAUCUGCUCAAUUUUCAAGCAAAUUUUGCAAGGGCUGCAGUUCAUUCAUGGCAAAAACAUCCUUCAUAGAGAUCUCAAGCCUGAAAAUGUUUUAAUUGAUCCUAUUACAAUGAAAGUAAAAUUAUUCUAAUUUCCCAUGGAUGGCGCUAUUUUUAGCUUUGAUUUUCCCACUGGGAAAAUUUUUUGGUUUGACCAAACCAUAUGGUACUGGUCGAACUAAAAAAUUUUUCCAGUGGGAAAAUCAAGGCCAAAACAGCGCUAUCCAUAGGAAAUUGCAAUAUGCGAUUUUGGCAGCGCAAAAAUUCAAACUGAUAAAAACACGCCUUUUAUUGUUUCAAGGUAUUAUAGAGCUCCAGAGCUAAUAUUUUGUAAUUGUAAAUACGGAAGUGAAAUCGAUAUAUGAGCAGCAGGAUGCAUUUUUCUUGAACUGUUUUUGGGCUCACCUGUCUUUUUAGGAAAAAAUGAAGGAAAUCAAUUUAUACAGCAAGCUAAUAUUCUCGGACCCCCAUCAUUAAGUGACAUAAUAAGACUCACUGAAAACACACAAAUAAAGCCAAAAAUUGCAGCAAAGGCAAUAAAAAUCGGCAAAAAACAAAACAUUUUGGAGUUCUUAAGAAGGAGUCCAAAAGCUAAUGAAGCCUUGGAUCUUAUUCAAAAUAUGCUAUCAUGAGAUCCCACUAAGCGCCCAAGUGCCACAGAGUGCUUAAAUCAUCCUUUUUUCGAUGUGUGCUAA